AUGAGUGGCUUACGAGUUCUCGGUGACGAAGCAGUCCACGGCCUGCUUAUUGCACUUCCCAAGUCCGAGAUUUUGGUGUUGCAGGGCGUUGUCGAAAAGGCACUUCACGGAUUUUCCACAGCCAAAGAACGGGAACAUCAACCAGAGGCUGCAGUUAUCAAUAGGCCGGAGGGGCAAAAGGUCCUUUUCCGCCUCUUCACCUCACCCUCGGCAGUUGGCACAAAGAUCAUCGUCGAACCGGCAACAGAUCCAACAACGGGAAACAGACCACCACUCCACGGAGUCCUCGUAAUCUGUGAUAACAGCGGAAUUGCGAGAGGGCUGGUGAACGCCGAGGAAGUGACCGCUUUUCGUACCUCGCUCAGCGCCAUCAUACCCUGGUCCUGGCGCAAACGUGUCGAUCAUAUAUUGGUAUUUGGAGCGGGCAAGCAGGCGCUGUGGCAUAUCCGUCUCGCUCUGGCGUUGCGUGGUGAUGAGAUCAAGUCUGUUACUGUGGUGAACCGCUCGCUGGGGCAUGCCGUGGCACUUGUAAAUCGUUUGAAGGAAGAAAAUCGGACAUAUUGGAAAUCUCAGGCUGAGAUAUUCAGUCAUGAUGCUACAGACAAUUCUGGCGUGGAUGCUAGACUGGCCGAGGCAGAUGCGGUAUUUUGCACAGUGCCUUCGCAGGAGGUCCUAUUCACGGUUGACGCACUGAAUCUUGAGUCGAGGCGUAAUAUGCCAUAUGUUUCCGCCAUCGGCUCGUGGCAACCCCAGAUGAUUGAACUGGACCCAUUGUUGCUUGUGCGCGCGGCGACUGCGUCUACGAAGGCCUACAUUCUGGUCGAUGAUCGCAACGCGUUUCAAAGUCAUACCGGUGAGGGUGUCCGAAGUGGUCUGAACACAGAACAGGUUCUAGAGCUCGGCAAGGCUGUAGAACUUCGUAGAAAGGGUACCGCUAGCUACAAGACGGACCUCGAUGACUGGCUGAGAGACGAUCUUGUUGUGUACAAGAGCGUCGGCGUCAGUCUAACGGAUCUUGCAAUUGGUGAAGCUAUGUUGAAGAGGGCUGACCAGAUGGGUAUUGGAAGCCUGGUACCUGGCUUCUAG